AAGAGGGGCAAGGAAAAACAGUCCGAACACGUUUUACAUGAAAAGAUGGAGCUGGCAAGAAGUGUGUGUAUCCCAGUAAGCCGCCAGUUGUGUAGGUAGAUGCCUAGUAGUGCUCAUCUCUCCAGCGGUUAUGCGAAGGAGCAGAGGGUUGACGAUGAAGCUUGGCAUGUUGCGUUCAUAAGGUAUGGGGGUUCGGCGAGGCAGUUACUCGAUCCAAGCGGUGAACACGAAGCCAAGAAAUAUCACCACCAUCUGGCAGAAGUCAAUCCCUUCCAAGACGAGAAUGGUCGAUUGGAAGUGGUUGAAAGUUUGGCCCAGUACUUCUACGAUUAUAUAAGGGAGCCCUCUACACCCUCCACAGCCGGUCUGAUGUUCGAAACUGUCGGGCAUUUUUACAUCCUCAGAAAAACUAAAGCUGCCCUUCACGUGGAGGCAUUCUCCGGUUUUCCAGUGGAUAAGGUCCCUUGUCUGGAUGCUGCCAAGUACUACCGACCGGUUCCUGGGGACCUGCCUGGUAUCGACUCGUUCGCUUUCGAAAGGGAUGAGAACCACACCAUCACCGGUGUUGUCAUGUUUCAGUACAUGAUUUCUCCACGACACCCAGUCAAGGAACCUCACAUUAACAGGCUUUGGGAUGUGCUGCAGGAGCAACACAAGGGGGCGUGGCAAUGGAAGAUCGUAUUUGUCAUCCCGAAGAAAUCAUUCAGUGAACAAAUGCUCGCGAAAGCCUUGGCAACAGUGUUGUCGCAAUUUGUGCUGGAAAUUGAUGUGGUGGAUAUGUGGGAGACCUUGAAAGAUAACGUUGAUACGCACAAUUUAUGGGGCUUUCCCUGUUGACAUGGUGUUGGGACACUGACAUCUAUCUCCGAUGUGACACUCCGUAACACUCUAAACAUUGUAAUGUCAAUAACU